AUGCCAAUAAAAUUAGCGAGGGCAUAUAGGGAACCCAACUACCAUAUAGAAACCUUCACUUCGGUUCCGGUGGUGCCGAAGAACGCAACUAUGCUGACCUCCUGCCUGUGGACAACUCUGCCGUGGAUGGUCCUGGGCCAGACGUACUACAUGAGCUUUAUUUUCAACAACUAUGGGACAUCUAGAAUAAGUGCGCCACAACUUGGAUUCAAUGGUACAGCAAGAGAGCCCGUUGAGGGGGGCAAUCUGAAGAUCAGCUCGGAAGAACAUUCAGGCGAGGGAGAUACUCUGGAGGUCAGCUCACUGGAGCAUUCGCGGGAGUCCAAACAUAACUCAAAAAAGGACAAGGCAAUGGAAACACUUGAGUUGAGUUCAGAGGAUCACUCGCGGAAGAAGAUCGAAGCCAAGAAACCAAGUGUAGAGGACAAGGACUCCAGGGAUUCGGGUGAGACGAUGACCACCCGGUCUACUACCACACAGAUAAAGUCCACAACAAGGAGAAAAACAAAGGCCACAACAUAUGAAACUCCCGAAAUGGCCAAUGAAAUCACCACAGAAUCCACCAUGACCACUGCGAUUGACAAAGAAAGGCCAACUGUAGAAAUUUACACGGAAAGCCCCAAGGAAAAGUUUACAGAUCCACCGGUAAUCGGAAAAGAACCACCAGAUUCCAACACACCAGGUUUUUCCGUAAGAUCUUGGGACUCGGUAACACCACACCCAUCAGCAUUCUUCGAUUACCCAGAGGCCACAUGUAGCGAGGAUAUGGAUCUACACGAAGUAUUUGGCAUUAGGCUGGAACGAGAUAGGGGUUUGCCCACCAAGAUCUUGUGCACAUUCGAAAACAGAUGGGGAGGUCCUUGGCUGCUGAUGACGCGGAUAGAGCUCCCAGUUCGUGUUCACAUGCGUCACUGGUUCUUGGGCUAUCUAACAGCGGACUACAAGGACAUGAACAUUAAUUUCUUGGCCCUGGCCCAUAUCAUGAACUCCAUGCGCACUGCCAUGUUGAUCCUUGGCCAGGAUAAGGACAACAAAUUGGUCUAUAAUCUGUACGAUGAUGUGGUCAUAUCGGCCUUCAAUGAUCUCUUCAUGAUGCGAAAAGCCGAAUUGGUGGAGGCCAACACGACGGAAUUGCUCUUUGUAUCCGUCGGCAAGGUAUUGAGUUCGUAUGCGGGCCGCAAUCGAUCGUGUCCUUUGCAGGUCCUUGGCAGCUGGUGGGGUCACCAUUCGGUGCAGGAUAUGUACCAGGGAUUCUUUUGUAUUUUCCCCAAGGAUCGCAUCAUAACCAAGCCAGGCUAUGUGGCCAUUUUUAUAAAACCCAGCCUUUUCCCGGCGAAUAACACAGCUCUUUACGAUCAUCCCAUAUCGACACGACGUCCCUGGUCAAACAGCAACUAUAAUACUAAAAUUUUAAAUGAAACAGAGAAAAAUUCGAAGGCAUAUAAAAAAGAACAGCAAUUGGAGUGGGAACGAAACAAGAUGGCUGUGCAAAAGGAGCUGGAUCGUCGAGCCAGGAUCUUUGAAGCUAUUGACAGGCUGAGGAUGGUGGAGGCCCAGCGGCACAGGGGGAGGUAG